UCGAGCCGCGGCGCUCGUACAGGUCGGCGGAGCUCGGCGCGACUGCAUUAAAUGCACAAUAAUCGGGCCGUCGGGCUCUUCCGGCGCGUGUGUCCAGGUAGCCGCCGAGAUCACAGAGAACCGGGGCGCGGGCUGCCCAGGAACAAAGAACCACUGAAUUAUGAAGCUUGGCCCCUCCAGCCCUGACCGCUUCGUCUUACCUGCCUGCCGGCGCUGAUACCCGCACUGCUGCGUCCACCUCUGGUGAAAAGCGAAACCCCGAAAAGCUGCAGGCCAAACCCAGAGGUCUUCCCCCCCUCCCCCCCCCCCCCAAGACUGUGUCCUCACUUCUCUGUGCCCCUCGGUCACCUUUGGCCAACAAAGACUUCACCUUCAGGUGGAAAUCGGCGUGUAUUUAUUUUUAAAACGUACAAAGACGUUUGGCACCUGCGUGUUCCGUCGCCUUGACCAGCUGUCCCAGCGAUGGAGGUCAGCAUGGAGAGCUGUUUAACCCAAGUGAUGCAGAGGGACGUGGGCCGCCGGCUGCAGGUGGGCCAGGAGAUCAUAGACUACAUCUCCGACAAGGAAAAGUCUCACGACCUGGAGCAGGACCAGACCAUGCUGGACCGCAUGGUGGACGCAAUUGCCACCUCCUGGGUCAACUCUAGCAAUUUCAAGGUGGCUUUGUUAGGUAUAGAUAUUCUCUCAGCCUUGGUGACCAGACUACAGGACCGCUUCAGAACACAAAUCGGUACAGUCCUGCCCAGUUUGAUAGACAGGUUGGGGGAUGCCAAAGACCAGGUACGAGAGCAGGAUCAGACUCUGCUGCUAAAAAUCAUGGAGCAAGCGGCCAAUCCACAGUACGUGUGGGACAGAAUGCUGGGGGGGUUCAAGCACAAGAACAACCGGACCAGAGAGGGAGUCUGUCUCUGUCUUAUCGCCACGCUCAGUGUAUAUGGAGCACAAGGUCUGACCCUCAGCAAAAUUGUGCCCCAUAUUUGUAAUCUGCUGGGUGAUCCAACAAGUCAGGUGCGAGAUGGAGCCAUGAACUGCCUGGUAGAAAUCUAUCGACACGUCGGGGAGCGGGUGCGAGUGGACCUCAGCAAGAAGGGAUUGCCACAAUCACGGUUGAAUGUAAUUUUCGCCAAGUUUGACGAAGUCCAAAGAUCUGGAAACAUGAUUCUGUCUUCCUCUUCUGAUAAGAACUUUGAUGACGAAGACUCUGUGGAUGGAGGCAGGUCCUCGUCCUCAAAGGCACCCUCUGCUGGCCGGAAGGUGCUGAGCAUGAGCUCUGUACGCAGGCCCAGCUCUGCGACUGGCCCCAAGAGCACAGGAAAAGAGAGUGCUAGUGCAGGGGCUGUAGAUGAGGAAGACUUCAUCCGCGCCUUUGAGGAUGUGCCAACUGUGCAGAUUUACUCUAACAGGGAGUUGGAGGAAUCCAUGAACAAGAUUCGUGAGGUUCUCUCAGAUGACAAGCAUGACUGGGAGCAAAGGGUUGCUGCCCUGAAGAAGGUGCGCUCCCUGCUUCUGGCUGGAGCAACAGAGUACGAGAGCUUCUUCCAGCAACUUCGUGUCCUGGAAGCAGCCUUCAAGCUAUCGGCAAAGGACCUGCGUUCACAAGUGGUGCGGGAAGCCUGUAUCACACUAGGGCAUCUGUCCUCUGUGCUGGGGAUCCGGUUCGACCAUGGCGCAGAAUCCAUCAUGCCCACACUCCUUAAUCUUGUCCCAAACAGUGCUAAGGUCAUGGCCACAUCUGGUGUGGCUGCUAUCCGUCUCAUCAUACGGCACACACACUAUCCUCGACUGAUACCCAUCAUGACCAGUAAUUGCACCUCCAAGUCGGUCGCUGUCCGGAGGCGCUGCUAUGAGUUCCUGGACCUGUUGCUGCAGGAGUGGCAGACGCACUCAUUGGAGAGGCACGUGGCAGUUCUGAUGGAGACCAUAAAGAAAGGGAUCCACGAUGCUGACUCUGAAGCCAGAUCUGUUGCCAGGAAGUGCUACUGGGGGUUCCACAGCCAUUUCAGCCGUGAAGCAGAACAUCUCUUCCAAGGACUGGAGGCAUCCUAUCAGAAGGCUCUGCAGUCUCACCUGAAGAGCUCUGAUAGUGUGGUUUCCCUGCCUCAGUCAGAUCGGUCCUCCUCCAGCUCACAGGAGAGCCUCAACCGACCCCUCUCUGCCAAAAGUCACAUAGGAAGCAGCAUAGCUCGAACAAAAAUUGUUGGCGCCAGGGUGUCCUCUACACCAGGCUCCUUGCAGCGCUCCCGCAGCGAUAUCGAUGUCAACGCAGCUGCCAAUGCCAAGUCCCGCAUGACCAUGGUACCAUCGUCUGGCACUCCCUUCAGCUCGGCCUCUACGCUGCCCCCAGGCUCCUAUGCCUCACUGGACGGCACACCGGGUAAACCGGACGGUCGUGUGCGAACUAGGAGACAGAGCUCCGGCAGCGCGGUGGGAGUGAGUACCACUGUCACGGACAGCAGGGGGCGCAGCCGUACCAAGAUGGUCUCUCAGUCCCAACGAUCCAGAUCGGCAAACCCCACUGGUGCCGGCAGCCGUUCGAGUUCCCCAGGGAAGCUGCUGGGUCACACAUAUGGGAGGGUCCCGCGAGCAUCGGCUGCUGCUCCAUCUGACAGGCGUGCUAAGACCCCACGCAGUCAGGACUGCAGCCCCAGCCGCCUGGGCCUUGCCAGGCUGUGUGGUAAAGCUCUUCUCCCUGCCGCUCUUCCCUGCCGCACGCUAGCCCGGAGCCGCAUCCCCCGGCACAGCGUGAGCCAGGGGGGCAGCCGCAACACCAGUUGUGAGAGCAGUCGGGACACAAGUCCCGCUCGGGGCUUCACUCCUCUGGCAUCGAGACGUCACUCCCGCUCCACCAGUGCUCUCUCCUCGGCCGACUCCAUGGGGCAGCCAGACCGAUUUGGGAUGGUCCAUCAGACCCGCAUCUCAGACUCGGUCAACACCAUGAGGUUCUUGAAAACCGGCACAGAAGUGGAAGCCGCAGUCGCUGAUGCCCUGCUGUUAGGAGACUCCCGGAAUAAGAGGAAGCCUGCACGGCGGCGUUUUGAAUCUCCGGGAAUGUAUUCAGAUGACGAUGCCAAUAGUGACGCAUCGAGUGCCUGCUCAGAGCGCUCCUAUGGCUCCAGGAACGGCGGUAUCCCACAUUACCUGCGACAGACAGAAGACGUGGCAGAAGUGUUGAACCACUGUGCCAGCUCCAACUUCUCAGAGCGCAAGGAGGGGCUCGUGGGCCUGCAGAACCUGCUCAAAAGCCAGAGGAUCCUCAGCCGAGUGGAAUUGAAGAGACUGUGUGAAAUCUUCACCAGGAUGUUUGCAGACCCGCACAGCAAGAGAGUGUUCAGCAUGUUUCUGGAAACCCUAGUAGACUUCAUCACCAUCCAUAAGGAAGACCUUCAGGACUGGCUCUUUGUCCUACUCACCCAGCUGCUGAAAAAGAUGGGGGCUGACCUGCUGGGCUCAGUCCAGGCCAAGGUCCAGAAGGCACUGGAUGUGACAAGGGAGUCUUUCCCAUUUGACCAACAGUUCAAUAUUCUCAUGAGGUUCAUCGUGGAUCAAACGCAGACCCCCAACCUCAAGGUAAAAGUGGCCAUCCUGAAGUAUAUUGAGUCCUUGGCCCGCCAGAUGGACCCCGCGGACUUUGUGAAUUCCAGUGAGACACGUCUGGCUGUAUCGCGUAUCAUCACCUGGACAACAGAACCUAAGAGCUCUGAUGUUAGAAAGACCCUCCAUAACUGGGCAAGCGAGGACUUGUCUGGCAGGCUGUGCACCGUGGCCUCUCUGCCCGGAGAGGGCAACCUGGAAGAGAGGUGCAAGCAGGCUGCCCAGGUGGUACUUAUUUCCCUAUUUGAGCUGAACACUCCAGAAUUCACGAUGCUGCUGGGUGCACUGCCGAAGACCUUCCAGGAUGGGGCCACCAAGCUGCUGCACAAUCACCUGAGGAGUUCUGGCAGUGCCAGCGUGGGGUCUCCAAGCAACACCAUUGGCCGUGUCCCUCCUCGCCAUUCUAGCAGCCGCACCAGCCCCCUCACCUCUCCAACCAACUGUUCCCAUGGAGGGCUAUCACCCAGUAUGCUGGAGUACGACACCGAGAACCUGAACUCGGAUGAGAUCUACAGCUCCCUGCGUGGUGUCACCGAGGCCAUCCAAAGCUUCAGUUACCGCAGUCAGGAGGAUCUGAAUGAGCCAAUCAGGCGUGAAGGGAAGAAGGAUGACGCUGCUGGCCGGGAGGGAGUGAUGGCUUCCCCUAGCCUGGACCCUCGGCUGGGCAUGAGUGUGGAUGUGGUGGAGGGCGGCCGCACAGCCUUGGACAAUAAGACAUCGUUGCUCAACACUCCCUCUCCACGCUCCUUUGCUGGUCCCCGGGGCCGCGAGUACAACCCUUAUAGUUACACUGACACAAUCAGCACCUACGACAAGAGUGCCCUGAAAGAGGCAGUAUUUGACGACGAUGUGGAGCAGUUCCGCGAUGGCCGUCGCCAUGACUGUGGCGAAAACAAGAUGUUGCAUCCCAAGGGUUUUGCUCCUGUUCCCCUGGACCACUCAGACCUGGUGGCCGAGCUGCUGAAGGAGCUUUCGAAUCACAAUGAGCGCGUGGAGGAGCGCAAAGCUGCACUGGUGGAGCUGCUCAAGAUUACACGGGAAGACAGUCUUGGUGUCUGGGAUGAGCACUUCAAGACUGUCCUGUUGCUGCUGCUGGAAACGCUGGGAGACAAAGAUCACACUAUACGGGCCUUGGCGCUGCGUGUGCUCAAAGAGAUCUUGAGGAACCAGCCUGCCCGCUUCAAGAACUACGCCGAGCUCACAAUCAUGAAGACAUUGGAGGCCCAUAAAGAUUCUCACAAAGAGGUGGUACGGGCAGCAGAGGAGGCGGCCUCCACUCUGGCUGGGUCCAUUCACCCAGAACAGUGCAUCAAGGUGCUCUGCCCCAUUGUCCAGACAGCUGACUACCCCAUAAAUCUGGCCGCCAUUAAAAUGCAGACCAAAGUCAUUGAGCGCAUUGGCAAGGAGUCUCUGCACCAGUUGCUGCCUGACAUCAUCCCAGGCCUCCUGCAGGGCUAUGACAACACGGAGAGCAGUGUACGCAAAGCCAGUGUCUUCUGUCUGGUAGCCAUCUACUCAGUCAUUGGUGAAGAGCUAAAGCCUCACUUGACCCAACUGACAGGCAGCAAGAUGAAACUCCUAAACCUGUACAUCAAGAGGGCCCAGACCACCAACAGCAACAGCAGCAGUUCCUCGGAUGUAUCCACACACAGCUAGUGGGAAGGAGGCCCUUGUUCGCUGUCCCUACAGACAGGAAAAUAGUCGUGCCUCUCUCCAGAUCCCACCGCACUACAUGCCCCCACCCAUGCUGCUUCCUUCCACACGUGCCGGAGGACGUUUUGCUUGCUGCAAUCACUUUUUUUUUUUUUUUUUCCCCCCCCCGUAGAUAUGUUUUGAUCCAUGCAAUCCCCUCUUUUUAUUUACCAGUUCCUAUUGCCCGCCCUUUUUAAAGUGCUGCAUGGUGAAUGUAAAGAGGUCUAAAACUGAGAGGAUUUUUUUUUUUUCUCAAAUGGUUUCACAGGUCCAUUUGACUCUGCUGUAUGGAAAUGUUUUCUGAACUUCUGGUGCAUUGCCUCUAUAUACAUUAGUAUUUCCUUGUGUUAAAAUGCAAGGAAAUUGGCACACCUGGUUACAUUGCCCCCAACAGUAAGGAAAUACUAAGCAUUCCAGAUGUUGUUGAGUAAACACUAUAAAGGAGCCUGUGUUUGUGAACAAGAGAACUGUGUGAUGUAAUCAUUUGCAGUAGAUGAUCAUUUGGCUGGCCCAGUGAUUAAAUAAAAAGGUUGAAAAUUAUGUGAAAUAUAGAACUGAAGUUUGGGUACAAUCAAAUCAAAAGGUGUAGUGUUCAAAUUUGGUAUUUUCAUUUUAAUGAUAUUUAGUUGACAUUUGUUCUAAAGCCCAUGUUUGGGUAAUGGAGGGGAGCUGUUUGGUCAAAGUAGUUUGAAAUUUGUUUUUCAGUUUGUGUUGCUUUGAAUCAGUAUGAGGGCCAGUUUUAAGCUAGGUAUGUUUUACUUCAGUCAUCCAGAAAACUUGUUUACUUUAAAAAUGAGAAUCUGAUGCAGAAACCUCAUGAGAUGAAAGUAUUGAGUGUGAUAUAAUAAGCUUUUGUGCUUGAUGAUGCAUGAUGGUAACACUAUGGGACAUACUUUCUUUCCUGUGAGCAUUUUCUUCAUUUAAACUGAGUUGACCACAGUAGAAAAGCUGAGAAAAACAUAUCCAAUCUAAAGAAAAAAUUAAAAGCGGCAAAACGUAGGGGGAGGAAUAAACUUGACAAUCUGAAUAUAAUGCCUAAAAUUGGCUUAGGUUGAAAAGUUAGUUCUAAAUGAAGUGCCAAUGGGGGGAAAUUCAAUCUUACCAUUUUAAAGCGUACUGUCAACGACGUCAGGCAUGCCUCUCACAGAACACUACUUAGGAUGUACUUGUCCUGACGUCAAAGAGAACAACUAGAACACCUGGAAUAUAUUUUGGAUGUAAUUUUAGUCGAAGUGCUGUACAUGGUUUGACACACACAUAGGAUUUCAAGGUGUAAGGUGUACUGGAGUUAAUCUCUAACACUGCUGUUUUUUUUUUUUUUUU